UCGCCCUCUCUCUUCCCGCCCUCCCCGCAGCUCCGAGCGACCCGGCUUCCCUCGCCGUCAAGUCUCUCAUGAAUAUUGAGCGUCCCCUGUUGUAUUUCCCGAGUUCCAUUGCGGAAGCCGAGGCUCGCCAUAUUGUGCGGCGGCGGCGGCGCCGGCGGCCGCGGCGGCGGAUCCUCCUCCCCUCCCCGAGUCUCGCUCGGGCCGCGCUGAGCGGAGCCGCCACCCCGUUGCCCGGGCUCAGGGGUCAGGAGCCGCAAUGUCUCAGGCUGUGCAGACAAAUGGAACUCAACCAUUGAGCAAAACAUGGGAACUCAGUUUGUAUGAAUUACAACGAACACCACAGGAGGCAAUAACAGAUGGCUUGGAAAUUGUGGUUUCACCUAGAAGUCUACACAGUGAAUUAAUGUGCCCAAUUUGUUUGGAUAUGUUGAAGAAUACCAUGACUACAAAGGAGUGUUUGCAUCGUUUUUGUGCAGAUUGCAUUAUCACAGCCCUUAGAAGUGGCAACAAAGAGUGCCCGACCUGUCGGAAAAAACUAGUGUCCAAAAGAUCACUUAGGCCAGACCCAAACUUUGAUGCACUCAUCAGCAAAAUUUAUCCAAGUCGUGAUGAGUAUGAAGCUCAUCAGGAGAGAGUGUUAGCCAGGAUCAACAAGCACAACAACCAGCAAGCCCUCAGCCACAGCAUCGAGGAAGGACUGAAGAUACAGGCCAUGAACAGAUUACAGCGAGGCAAGAAGCAACAGAUUGAAAAUGGCAGUGGAGCAGAAGAUAAUGGUGACAGUUCACACUGUAGUAAUGCAUCCACACACAGCAAUCAGGAAGCAGGCCCUAGUAACAAACGGACCAAAACAUCUGAUGAUUCUGGGCUUGAACUUGACAAUAAUAAUACUACAGUGGCAAUUGAUCCAGUAAUGGAUGGUGCUAGUGAAAUUGAGUUAGUAUUCAGGCCUCACCCCACACUUAUGGAAAAAGAUGACAGUGCACAGACAAGAUACAUAAAGACUUCAGGCAAUGCCACUGUUGAUCACUUAUCCAAGUAUCUGGCUGUGAGGUUAGCUUUAGAAGAACUUCGAAGCAAAGGAGAAUCAAACCAGAUGAACCUUGAUACAGCCAGUGAGAAGCAGUAUACCAUUUAUAUAGCAACAGCCAGUGGCCAGUUCACUGUACUAAAUGGCUCUUUCUCUUUGGAGUUGGUCAGUGAGAAAUAUUGGAAAGUGAACAAACCCAUGGAACUUUAUUAUGCACCCACCAAGGAGCACAAAUAAGAUUUUAAAAACUCUGAGAUGAACUUUUUAUAGUCUAUUUCUUUAAUAUUAAAGAUGUACCAUCAUUACUUUUAUGGACAGAUCUUGGAUAUGUUCAGUUUUCCUUCUGAGCCAGAUUCGUUUACACUAUUAGAAUCAUUUCCCCUUAAUUUAAGAUUUUACUUUUUGGAAGGGAUUAUAGUAACUCAGUACUUUUUCUUUCCUUUUAUUAAUGUAACUAAGUUAUGUGAUUAUACACAAUAUGGUUCCUUUUGAAGUACUCUGACUCUGGAAUUUUGCAUAGUUCUGUGUCCUUUUGUAUUUGUUUAGAUUUUGGUCUUUUGAGACAAGGUCUCAAUAUUUAGCCCUGGCUGGAUUGAAACUUGCUAGGUAGACCAGGCUGAUCUUAAACUUGGAGUGAUCCUCCUGCCUCUGCCUCCCAAUACUGGGAAUAUAGGCACGCACCACUACACCUGGUUUUAGUUCUGUAUUAAGACUCAGUUUACCUUUGUCCUCUCUCAAAAGUUUCUUAGGCCUACAGAAUGUUAGAUAUAGUGUACAUUCUGACUUUCCCCUUGGAGUCUUUUGUAUAUUUAUAGUUUUUAUAUAAACUGCAGUAUCUUCAUGAAGACCAAGCUCAAAUUUACUGUGCUGAAAAACAGUUCUCAAAGGAUUAUUCUUUUCAUGGUAUUUUCUUAUGUAAUAUCUCAUUUAAAAAACAGGUUCCUUUUGAACUUGGUAUUCAUUGUCUUAUAAUGUUACAUUUUCUCUUUUGUUUUUGUAAGUUUAGAAUUUUUGACCAUGUGGAAGAGAAUCAAACAAAAUCUUCACUUGCAUGAGAACAUGGUUCAUUACAAGACUUCACUGAAGAAAGAAGUUAAAUUGGCAAUAAUAUACAUUCCUCAGUUCUAUGUUUGCUUUUUCUUUUGUAUUUUACUAUCACUUCAGCUUUUUUUAUGUGUUUGAUGUUUUUCCAAAUUAAAAUGCCUGAGAGAUGGAGAUAUUUUGCACUUUAGUCUUGAUGAAAAGUACAAGAUAUGUUCAAAGCUUCCCUUUUUCUAGUAGCCACUUCAGAUUCAAGAAUGACAUGGCACAUGGAACUAAAAAUGGAAAAGUUUGGUGUUUGAAAAUUGUAAUUAGCAGUUUGAGUUGCCAUGUCAGUUGAUAAAUUUGGUGCUUUGCUAGUUUGCUUUAUAGAAGCAGGGUAAUGGAGCUUGAGCCCUGUUUUGAUAUGUAGUAAAAGGUAAUUCUAUAAAAGAAUGUCAGCCAGUAGGUAGUCAUUCUGCUAUUCUUAGUUUUAUAUUGAGACUGGAACCACUGACCAGUCAGAAAUAAUAACUUAUGUCUUACUUUUCAUUCCUGUCCUGAAUCUAAGUAUGUCUCCACGUUUGUAUUAUCACAGUAUUUGCAAAGACAUGUUUGCAUUGAGAAAUUUAGCCCCAAAGGGUUAUAAUAGGAGGAAGUAGACCUCCAUUACCAUUGAAACUGUCUAGUCAUUGUAAAUAUAUGUUGUCUGUCAGUUUUGACAGAUUGGGCCAGCUUGAUGUUUAAAAUCUUAAGCCAAGUAUGAAAAUUUAAAGGCUUAAUCAGUUUUUUACCAUUUUAUUGAAAAUAUUUGAAAUCUGUUUUUACAGGGUUUUUUUUUGGUAAUUUGUGCCAUGAAAUUUGAAAACCACCAAAAAUUAUAAGAACUUUUAUAUUCAAUUCCUUUUCUGGGAUGUUAAGUUGUACAGAUUAUUAAUGCAUGUUUGCUGAAUAUAACCUUUGUUUUGUGAUGAAACUGCUUAGCUUUUAUUGGGGAUAUACUAGAUUAGUGAUUGUAUUAAAUAAUUAAAUUCCCAUUGUGGUUACUGAAAUUUUCUCUCUAAGCAGAAAGUUAUUUGUGACUGUAAGCUUUGUGCUUAGAGUAUGUAUGUGUUUUUAUCUGUCAGUGUGGGAGUACAUAAACUGUUUGCAUCAUUAGAGAAGUCAUUGGAUGUGUGAUACUUUGCAAAAUAUAUAAGUAAUUGAUAGAG